AACGGAUUCAAGCCCUGUCUCCAGAUCAUUCAAUCGUCCCGAUCAUCGAAAACUCUGUAUAACAGAUCCUUCACGACCGCUACGCGGCAUUCAUGUCUGGCCAUACGCAACCACCACCGAAAACCGAGAUUCCGUUGCUGAAGUACCGUCCCCCCUAAGACCAGAUCCAGGGAUACCUAAGAAAUAAGAAUGUGCCGCGUCCGAACCAUCGCCUCGUAUGAAUGCGGCUCCGACUACCGCUGCAAAUGGUGGACGUGCCCGACUGCCUGGACGGAGUACCAUCUAAAGCACAACAUGCAGUACGCCACCACUACCAGUCGAUCAGGGAAGCUGAAGCCGAUCUGCACGGACGUCAAAAUGAAGAUUUGGGCCCUACUACAAGCGCAGUGCAUGCGGACAAACACGUCGGUAUCAUUCGAGGAGAUGCUGGGGCAACAAAAGAAGAUUGGCGAGAGCUGGACGGUGCAGGUGAAGAGCUGUCAGUGCAGGGCGCAUGCGAGAAAGUGCUCGGCGUCGUCGGACAGAUCGGAGCAGUUGCAGAGGUGGAGCUGGCCGACUGCUGAAGAUACAAUUCAGAAGAACUCACAGGAAGGUACUGAGGAGAGCAUUCAAGUAGGAAACGCUCAGGAAAGCACUCAGCACGGUUGGGAAUAGAAUAUGGUACAUAACAGCAAUGGGAAAGCUUGUUCUUACGAAUUAUAUCUGUGUGGCAAACUUCUUCUUUAGUCGCUCAUAAUGAAUUGGAUCACCAACGCUGGCCCGGACGUUUCCAACUGCUCUUUCAAAGUCUUGAAGCUCGACUCUAUCUGCGCCCCGCUUGAGAGUCGACUGUCCGGCCUUUCGUAGCAAGCUUGAUAGAUCGGCACCGCUGAAAUUG